GAGGGGGUGGAAAGGGUGGGGGGCGGUCGACCACUCAAGGACUCGAAGAAGCUCCGAGAAAAGGCAAAGUGCAUCUUUGCUGGACGGUGUCGGCAACGAGGAGAAACCAACGGAAGAGAAGACCACCACCAAACGGGCAACCAGCCGCAAGCCCUCCUGCUUUUUGGAACACCCCGAACCCGCCCGCCUCCAGCCCGGACCCCCUCGAGGCAGGCGAGCGGCCGGCCACCACCCCUGCGUCUUGCACGACCUGCUCCCCCAUGAACUUGCCCAAACCCGAAAGCCUUCGCUCCACACCGCGGCGCAGCCUCCGGGGCUCCGACGGGGAGGACGGCGAGAUCGACAUCCUGGGAGAGGAGGAGGAUGAGGGCGAGGGGGAGGAGGACGAGGAAGGCGAGGCGGCGGAGAGCCAGCCUUUGCCAGGGCAGCUGCCCCCGCCGGGGACGCGGGAGGCGCGGCGCGGCGCGGGCGCGCUUGGCGGAGGGCUCCCCGAGGGCGGCGGCGCCCCGGCCGACGCCAAGUUGGGCCCCAAGUUCGGGGCGUCGAGCGGGUCCGCGGCGGCUUCCGCGGACGGCCCGCAGCCGGCGAAGCCCCCGUACUCCUACAUCGCGCUCAUCACCAUGGCCAUCCUGCAGAGCCCGCACAAGCGCCUCACGCUCAGCGGCAUCUGCGCCUUCAUCAGCGGCCGCUUCCCCUACUACCGCCGCAGGUUCCCCGCCUGGCAGAACAGCAUCCGCCACAACCUCUCGCUCAACGACUGCUUCGUCAAGAUCCCGCGCGAGCCGGGCCACCCGGGCAAGGGCAACUACUGGAGCCUGGACCCCGCGUCCCGGGACAUGUUCGACAACGGCAGCUUCCUCCGGCGCAGGAAGCGCUUCAAGCGCCACCGCCCGCCCCCGGGAGCCCACCCGCACCACCCCUUCCCCCUGCCCGCCGCGCCCGCCGCCCUGCACGGCCCCUACUCGGGCCUGCUGCUCGGGAGCCCGGCCCCGCCGCCCCCAGUGCCGGGGGCCUACGCCGCCGCCGCCUCCGGGAGCCGCCCGUGCGCGCUGCUGCACCCGCACCCCCUUCGCUACCUGCUGCUGUCGGCCCCGGCCUACGCCGAGACGCCCGGGAAGGCGCCAGGCGCGGACCCGGCCACCCCCGGCGCCCCCUCGGCCGUGCGGCCCUCCGCGGGCUCCCAGCCUUGGGAGGAGGGCAAGGGGUCGGCGGCGCGGCCGGGAGACGGAUGCGCCCCCUUCAGCAUCGAGAGCAUCAUGCGAGGGGUCCGAGGAGGAGGGGGGACGAGGGCCGCGCAGAGUCUGCCCCCGACCCCCUGGGGCUACUGCCACCUGCUGCAGCGCUCGUCGUGCCUGGUGCAUCACCGGGCGGCCACCCCUUUGCUGCACGUGUCGGCUGCCGCUGCGGCGUCCGCUGCCCGGACCGCGUUAGAGCAGCAGCAGCAGCGGCAGCAGCAGGAGGACUGUACCAGCGGCCGCGCUCCCAGCGAGGGCGCUCUGCUGGGCCAGCACCUGUCCGCGGCGCGCCUGGGGUGUCCGCCCGGAGCGGGAGGCUCCAGGCCGACAGCGGUGGCCAGCCUUUCCGGCAGGGAGAGCGUCUUGCCGGCCUUCUGAGCAGCAUCCGCACGCUGUCCUGGCGCUGACCCCGCCGGACACCCCUGGAGCCAAGCCGGGGGACGGCCCUUCGCGCCGCCCGCCCCCGCGCACGCCGCCCCGCGGGGCGGGGACCACGGGGGCGCGUCCGAACUCCGCGUCGCAACCACCGCGACCUGGACCACGGUGCGGAUCGCUGCCGACUCCGUACAGAGGAAAAGUUGGAUACCGUGCGGCCACCCGGGCGUAACCUUCCCAUGGCGUCCACUCUCGCCGUCACUUUUCCAGCCUCCAGUCGUGGCUUCCAGGGUUUUUCCCAUUACCCAUUUCCAGAGUAACUGAACGUGAGUGGGACACUUUGUUCUGGUAUUUAAAAAAAGAAAAAGAAGAAGAAAAAUAAAGAAAAUAAAUGCCCAAUGCACAACCUGUUUCCCCUCGUUGACUCCCUAGGAAUUGCAUAUAUUAUUCCCCAGUCAAGUGCAAAACACUUGUUCUUUCUGUCUUCCUGAAAUCGAUGUGUAAUAUAGACUUUUAAUUUUAAAGCAUUGACUUCUAAUGUGUGUGUCUGAUGUGGAAAGAUGCUAACUAAAUAAAAUGCUAAG